UAUAAUUGAUUGAGUUACCAGAUGGGUGGAGGCAGUCCCUCUACCAGAUGCGUCUAUGGCCACCUGCGCCCGCGACCUUAUCAGCAACUGGAUUGCAAGGGUCAUUGAGCGCCAUCCCAAGUUCUUUGUCUUUGACCUGGGUGGUUGCCUGGACAGAGUUUCUGUGGAUCAUCUCAAGGUCGCACUGGGCUCCACGCCAGAGGACGUUAUUUCCCUGCCUCGGCGUGGCCGCCCACCAGGCGCCAUGGGCACGCCGGCCACCCAGUUCGUUCCUGCUAUGGUGGACGUCCGUGCAGGCGCUGGUGGGCCAUUUCAAGAUGUUCAAGCAGUUCAAGCAGAGGAGCAAGCUCAAGAAGAUCAGUUCCAGUAACUCGUAGAGGGGUUCCCUCCAUUGGGCCCACGCCCACAAGUUACCCAUUCUGGUCGGGUCUCACGCCCUCAGACGCGUUUUAUUCAACUUUGGCACUAUGGUAUCAUUCCAUCAUUUCCCUCCUAGUACAGUCCAUUACUCAGUUACUGGGGGGGGGGCUCCUGUAGCGACCGUCUUAAUUCAUUUCCAUCUUUACCAAUUCCAGCUGUUGAGUUGAGUCUUUCUCCUCUGUUUCCCUUGGUCGAAGACUCGAGUCAUCUCUAGCUGGCUGGGUCAGUUUUCCGCUGUUUGUUUACUCUCUCGUUUUCUUGACAAGGAAAUGCAUGUU